AUGGCCCAAUCAAGGCCCUCGAGCAUCUCAACUUCAACCGGCUCUAUUCCACUGUUUUCUAAUAUCCCAGCGCGUUCCGGAUCUCGCACCCACAUCCCUACAAUUGACGACGAACGGAGACCGAACUUACCCCAGAAUGACUUCGCACACCACUACCAUCCUCUGCAAUAA